GCGCUGAGAACGGAGACAUGGCGUCCAGGCCCAAGCGGCGUGCUGUUUGCGGUGGUGUCUUGGUCCCGCGGGAGCAGGCAGAAGAGGAAGAUGAGGUCGAGGAUGAGGACGAAGACGACGAAGACAGUGAGGAAGAAGAGGAUGAAGACGAGAUUGUCGACGAGGAAGUGAACAUUGAAUUUGAAGCUUUUUCUAUCUCAGAUAACGAUUAUGAUGGAAUUAAGAAAUUACUGCAGCAGCUUUUCCUAAAGGCUCCUGUGAACACUGCAGAACUAACAGAUCUCUUAAUUCAACAGAACCAUAUCGGGAGUGUGAUUAAGCAAACGGAUGUUUCAGAAGACAGCGAUGACGAUGUGGAUGAAGAUGAGAUUUUUGGAUUUAUAAGUCUUUUAAAUUUAACUGAAAGAAAGGGUACCCAGUGUGCUGAACAAAUUAAAGAGUUGAUUCUAAGCUUCUGUGAGAAGAACUGUGAAAAGAGCAUGGUUGAACAGCUGGACAAGCUUUUAAAUGACACCACCAAGCCUGUGGGCUUUCUACUAAGUGAAAGAUUCAUUAACGUUCCUCCACAGAUUGCUCUGCCCAUGCACCAGCAGCUUCAGAAAGAACUGGCAGAGGCACACAAAACCAACAAGCCGUGUGGGAAGUGCUGCUUCUACCUACUGAUUAGCAAGACAUUCGUGGAAGCAGGAAAACAUUCUAAAAAGAAGCGGAGCAACCAAGAGAAGGUCGAGUUAAUGUUUGCAAAUGCAGAGGAAGAGUUCUUCUAUGAGAAGGCAAUCCUGAAGUUCAGCUACUCCGUGCAGGAGGAGAGUGACACUUGUCUGGGAGGCAGAUGGUCCUUUGAUGAUGUACCAAUGAAGCCCUUGCGAACUGUGAUGUUAAUUCCAGGCGACAAGAUGAAUGAAAUCAUGGAUAAACUGAAAGAACAUCUAUCUAUCUAACCCAUUUCCCAUGGACAGUGGUGUGCUUGUUUUUGUAAAAUUACCGAAAACUCAGUGGACAUUAUUGAAAAACUUCUGACUUUAUUCAGAUUAAGGUCCUCUACAAAAAGUAGGGUUCUGUUACCUGUGUCUGUGACACAUUUACAAAAUAUCUUUGUUUUUGAAUUUUGGUCAAAUUAUGAAUGGUUGAUUAAAAACUUUCCCAAUAAGAAGAAAAACAUGGAGUAGUAAUUUAAAGAACUCAAU